CUGAAACGUCCACGUCAUGCGUUGCUCCCGAUAUGAAAAGCGUGUGAUUGUUUUCCACAUGAGACCCUCUGCAGAAAGAGUGGGACUAUAUAUCCUCAAUGGGAAGUCUUUUUUCACUUUAACUACAAGCAAGACGGACAAAGACUGUUAGUCGUCUUCCACCAAAAUAUGGAGGGAACAUCCUCUCUCCAGGCGACCGACACCAGUGCAGCAUUACAUGCAGCAUCAUUGCUGGCGACUCUAAACCAUCAGAGACAUCAAGGUUUAUUCUGUGACUGUGUACUAAGGCAGAGGCGGAGCUCAGACCAGCUCUACCAUGCACACCGGUGUAUUCUGGCAGCCUCCAGUCCAGUGUUGGCAUGCAUCCUGUCCUCAUCUGGCGCUCUUGUGGAACUAGAGGAUCCAAGUCUCUCGGACUCCGUGUUACCUUCCCUUCUGGACUAUAUUUACACCGGCGUUCUUCCAUGCCCUCUCAGCCAACAGGAUUAUCACAGACUGCUCUCUGCUGCCCGCCAUAUGCAGAUGAAAGAACUGCAGGACGCUCUGAAUGCAGCCUGGCUACAGAUCCAAGCUAAAGCCUCAGAUGAAAAAAGUGCCCCUGGCAUAGUUGAAAUGUAUUCAGUUAAAGAGACAGAACAUAAUUAUAAAAAUGAUUUGAAGACCUUCAAAGAUCUGCCACCAUCAAUCACAACAUGUUCUUUUCAAAGGCUCGAAACAGCACCUACAGAGCAGUUUCCUAAUGAGGAGACAUUUCCAGAAGCCUGUCUAAAUUCAGCCAGCAUUGAUCCCACUACUGAAAAUAAUGAGAGUAUUAGAAAGCAUUAUGCAAAUGGUCACAGAAGAAAUGAACCGACUAUUUUAAAUGACUUCAAUACUUUCAGCAUACUUGAAAACAAUGUUAGAGAGAAUACUGGUGACUACAGACAAGUCAAGUCUCCGAUACAAAAGGACCCAAUGAGCCAUAAAACGGACAAAUCUGAGGUACAUAAAAUCUCAGGAGUAAUCCAAUACCAGGAUGAGAGCAAUUCAUCUGACCUUCUAGAACUACAUACAGGACAGAAAAUCCCAGAAGAUAAGCCACUCCAUGUAUCUGAGGACAGAAAGAGACGCUCCUCAUCUUCUUCAUCAUCACCACACCGAUUCUGCGAGGCAGUGCCUGUCAUCUGUCACAGUAGCCGAGCUGCUGUCCUGCAGAAUUCAGAAGUCUCUGCAGGGCGUCCUCACAAUCAAGCAUUGCAGCCUCUUCCCAACAUGGGUGAUUUCUCCCUCUCAGUCAGCACAAGCAAUGACACAUUUAUCGAAGCUAUUAGCACUGAGUGCAAAGCUCAAAAUGGAGUCCCAAAUCAGGACACCAGAAGAACUAUAUGGCACACUAAUGACCGCAAGGGGAACAAGGAUUACAAUAGCAACAAUUUGCAUCCCUUUAGAGUCAGUGAACAAACCUGCAAGAGUGCAAUCUAUAAUAUGAACAACAACUCCCAGCAUGUCCAUCAGGAUUCUUUGCAAAGUUCCACAAGUCAGCUUGGAGAGCAUUCAGACAACUUAAGGAGACGCUCAAAACACCAAAUUGAAAGUGAUUUUGAUUCUGUUUCCUACAAACAUCAGCGCUUGGAUUGUUUUGAAUGUCAGAAGGUAUUACUGGCAACUGCGACACAGGAACAAUCGAAAGAUCCCAGAGCUGUAAUUUCAUUUCUCGACACACAGAGCGAUUCUAAUUCUAGAGAAUGCCUUGAGGUGGAAAUCAAAGGGGAACACAGUUACUCUACCCACUGUCUUGAUGUAACAGACAGUCCUUGCAAGGCAUCUGAACCUCUAAUAGACUGGCAAGCUAACAUUUACAAAGAUGACAAAAGCAGAAAAGAUGAUAUAUCUUGCAGGGAUGAAUACAAAGUAUGUAGCAAACAAACAUUAUCUGCUUCUAAAUACUGUGAAAUAUCUGAAAGUAGAAAAAGUUCAAGCCCUGAAACUGUGGUGCCAUGUUGCUCUUUAACAGCACCCAUAGACCACAACCUUUCUGGCACUGCAAGGCACACAGGUCAGCCAUACCACGGACAUAUUCCAUACCAGGAUGAACCCCAUGAGGAUGAACACAAACUCUCCAAACCUGGCCUCUCUCUUGAUCCAGAUGAGUUAAGUGAUGGGGUUAAUACUGGAUCCUUUACUUUUUUUGGUCAAAGGUCUCUGAGUCAAUAUCUCCCUGUAAAGACAGAAGGAAAACUGGAUGUAAACACCAAACAUGAUCUAGAUAUGUCCAGUCAACAUGGAUCUGAAAAAGAAGAAAAGCAGUUUGUUGACAUGGAGACGGUUGCAACUGCAAAUCAUGAAAACGCACAAAUGAUUCAUGGUUCCUUUAUAGGCAGACCGGGGACCUUUUCUGAGUCUGAUAGUCGGAGAGACAGCAAAGAUGGAAGCCUUCUUUAUAUAAAAGAGUGCACAACAGGAGUUUGGGUGACAAACAACACUGAAAUCAUGGCAGUUUUUAAGCCUGACGAGGGUAAAACCAAGAUCAGCACCACUCCAAUUUGUUCACCCCUUGGUGAGUCAGACUGUGAUAGAGCCUCUAUGCCAUCCACUGUAUCUGUCUGCAUACCUUCCACUCUUCCAGCUGGUGAGUCAACAGAUAAGUCAGCUCAUCUGUCAUCUCCCAAUCAUCAGCCUUUCCAGUGCUCCCUCUGUGAUCGUUCAUUUAGUCAAAGAGGUUCUCUGAACAGACAUGUGCGAAGCCAUCUUGGGGUUCGCCCCUUCCCCUGCCCCUGCUGCCCAAUGACCUUCUCACGGCAAUACCGUGUCACAGAGCACAUGCGUGUUCACCAGCGUUGUGCCCUUGGAAAUAGCUCACAAAAGUCCCCUGAGGCCUCGGUUACAAACAACGUGGAAAGGCCACAAAUCUAA